GUCGCAAAAGCAUGCAACGCAGUUUCAGUACUCUCACCACACACUCAACGAGCAGCAGCAGCAGCAGCAGCAGCAGUAGGAGCAUCUCAAGCUGUGGCAUUCGUUACGCCGAACAGCUUGGACGUUAUGUGUUCGAUGAGUUGCUGUCGACGGAGCAACAAUAUUGCGAGGAUCUGGCCAAUGGCAUCGGCCGUUACACACCCAUCUUUCAGCCCGAAUCGGAGCUCCCCGAAGGUCUGAGGGGGCAGCAGCAUGUGUUGCUCUCGAAUGUGACACAGAUUGCGGCAUUGCAUCGGCAUAAGUUGUUGCCGCUGAUGUUGCAGCAUCGUCAGGAGUUGGAUGUGCUGCUUGAGCGUUGGUUGACGCUCAUCGAGCGCGGACAUUUCAAUUGCUAUGUGCUCUACACUGCCAGCCAACGGGAGAGUCUGCGGCUUUACGAUACGCACGAAUUGUACUUUAAGCGUCUGCAAAUCACGCUCGGCGAUCCGCUGGGCAUUCGAAGUUUCCUGCUGAAGCCCGUGCAGCGUAUAACCAAAUAUCCGCUGCUGUUGGAUCGAUUGAUUACGACUUUCUUUGCGCAUCGCCAUCUGAUAUCGAAGCGAAUGUUUGAGUUGACGUGUCGACUGGAGAAGCGACUUCGCGAGCUGCUCGAGAGGGCGAAUCAAGUGGAUCAGCUAAAUGAUAUCAAGCACUUUAAUGCGUUUAAUGUGCUGAGCGAGGCAAAUUUCAUUAUGGUAGGCGAGUUUCAGAUGCACGAUGCGUUGUUGCGUCGCACAUAUCAGAGCAAAUUGUUUGUGUUUAACAUCUGCAUUGUGUAUACGGAGCGAAAGGGACGCAAACACUUGGUGCGGGGCAAAUUCGUGCUGCCCGAUGUGUGUUUUGUGGCCAAAGCGAAGUCGUUUGUGUUAUGCGAUAAGUUGCACGAAUGCGAAUUCAUUUGCCAGCAGUCGGCAACGCUCGACAAAUGGGAGACGAUAAUGCACAAAUUGCUGAGCGAUGAACCAACAACAACAACCACAACAACAACAACAAAAACCUGUGAUGAUAGCUGUGAUAAGCGGCAGUCGAAAGAAGGAAAAGAAACGCAAACAAAAGUGGCAAAUGGAAUAGUCAAAAAAGAAGAAGACGAAGAAAUAAUAGAGAGUACAAAAAGAUUCUCCGAUCAAGGUGCAAUGGCAGCCAUCGAUGAGGCAACUGCAGUUGAUGGCACAAGUACGAUGGGACGAAAAGCGCUGGAGAUUGCAAGAAAGUGGCGGACACACAGAUCUUCAGAUUCCACACACAGCACAUGGUAUUGAUGUCCCGCUCUCUCUUGGUCUCUCUCUCUCUCUGUCUCUCUCUUUCGCUGAGUGAAUCUGCUGCCAGGUGGCUGAUAAAAUGGAUGGGUAAAAUGCCAUAACAGGCAAUUAAAUUUUUAAUAAAAUGUUACGCAAGAGUUUAUGACAUAAAUCAAAGGCAUAUGUAAAUAAUGGAAUAACCUCCAACCUCCCCUUCUCGUUCUCUCCCAGCACUCGCCAUCACGCUCACUCUGUGCUCCACAUUCAGCUUCGGAAGCUGCACAGCAAACAAAGGGCGAUAAAAAUAAAUAACAAAGGCAGCAGCGACCAACAAAAUAUUACUCAGCAAUGACGCACUUCAUGCACCCUUCACUUUGAGUCGUUGUCGAAAUUUCACGCAAUGAAAAUAGCUCUUUAAACAUUUUGUUCUUGUUGCUUAUCUAUUAAAGAAUUAUGUUUCGUAGCUUUAAAAGAAAACUUGUACUUUUAAUUUUAAGACAAUUAUUGUUAUUGUGAUUUUAUUGAAAUAAUGAAUUCAAUUCAGGCUAUGUUUCCCU